CCUGUUGGCACUGAAGACCGAACACCACAGUUUCAGAUAAGAUACAGCCAAGCCAAAACAUUUGCUGGAACAAGAAGGUGUGGACGAAGAACUGUGCUUGUUCUCGACCUCUCGGGUUCCAUGGAAUCGGACAACAGAUACUUCAGACAGCAUCAACUGGCAGACCUAAUUAUUAGAGACAUCCUUCCCGUGGGUACAGAAGUGGGCAUCGUUGUGUUCUCCGAUUCCGACAGAGUCUUGGCCAGCAUGCGAGUCAUCACAUCGCCAGCAGACAGACAGGCGCUGGCCCAGGGGCUACCAGUCAAAAGUAACUAUGGUGGUGGCACAGCAAUUGGACAAGGUCUUCUUGGGGCGAUUGAGCUCCUGGAAGCCAAUAGUAAAUCAACAGAGGAUGGCCAGGUGCUUCUCAUCACUGACGGGAAAGAGAAUGUACAACCUCUGAUAUUGGAUGUACUGGCAAACGUAACAAGUAAGCAGGUCGCUGUCCACACUCUGGCCAUUGGGACUGAAGCUGACCCAAACUUAGAAAAUGUGUCUUCUGUAACAGGUGGACAAUUUCUUUUCGAUGACGAGAGCUCCACAUCGACAACUAUGGAGGCUGUUGGAGAAAGCUUGUUCAAAGCAAUUAGUAUGUGUGAAGACAACAACGUUAUUGAGAUUGAUCGAUAUGCAGUGUUGCUGACCUCAGUGCAGAGGAACUUCACCAAACGCAUCUGGAUGGAUUCUUCAGUUGGUAACAAAACCCUGUUUGCCUUCAUAUUGUCACCGAAUGCUAGAACUGAAGUGACUAUUGAAAACCCAAGUGGGACCACCUACAAUUCAUUUUCCCUGGAAUACAGCAAAGACGAGUCUCUGAACAUAAUUAGAUUUACCAUCGAUUUAGCUAAGAACGGCACCUGGAAGUGUCAUCUUAUCCGUCGGUCAAACGUAGAUGAGUCCGUAAAGGGUGUGGUUAGGUCUUACUCACGUGUUGGGUCUGUGCCCGUUGAGGUGGAGACGUGGACUAGCUCUAAACUGUAUGAUUAUGCCCAAGGCCGUGGAGUAGUUGUCUACACACAUGUACAUCAGGGAUACUCUCCUAUCAUCCGGGCCAAAGUUGAGGUGACUGGAUCAAAAGUGGGCGUUCCAUUGAUACUGCUAGAUAACGGAAUCUUGCCUGACAACACCCGUGAUGACGGAGUGUACAGCAACUCCCGCUACUCCUUGGAAGUGAAGGUUGAAUCGGUGGAGGGACAGACGGCCGUCGUCAGGGCUGGUUCCCAGUCUGGCCGGACACUGAGCGUCUUUCAGAAUGUAACCCCACCUGUCGUGCUUGAGCCAGUGGAACUUUUCAGCAGGGCGUCUUCCCCGGGUGCUAUAGAGGUCUCUGGCCAUGACCCUACAGUUGACCAGUUCAACCCAGGCCGAGUCACUGACCUUGACAUUGUUAUGCAGGAUGCCGGCCUUCGGACCCUAGCAUUGACUUGGACAGCACCAGGUGAUGACUUAAAUGAAGGAACUGUGGCAAAAUAUGAAGUGAGGGUUGCUGAGACGUUUUUGAGUCUGCGAGACAACUUCACCCAGGCUCUGCUGUUUAGCAGUGAAGAUGUUGUCAAGGGAAGCAUAGAUCCAGUUCCGGCAGGCUCCAUUCAAAAUGUCACUCUCCGUUUACCAAGCAUCUGGUCGAGUGACUUCUUUGUAAUUGGACUAAUCGCACUCGACGAGGCAAAUCGUCAAUCAGAUCUUUCUAAUUUUUGUUCAACCACCUUUAAACCCAUCACCGUCCCUCAACGGCCGGCUGCGUCAGAUAAAACUAACAAGCCAACUGUGUGGGUGAUAUGGGUAGAUGUUGGUCUGGGAGUAGCUGUUGCCAUAGCUGUUGCAAUUGUGGUAACAGUUGUUUGCAUUAACAAGAGGGCAAAGGGCGACAACCCUGCCUAAAUAUUAGUCAUGCAUACUGCUGGUGAAUUGUUGAACAUCUAUGACGCUUUGAUAUACAUAAUUAUCUCAUUUGUUUCUUUAAACUAUUAUACUAUUUAUACUAUACUUUCAUUUUGCGACGCUCUGUUGUGUGUUUACUUUCUAUAGCUAUGACGAUUACAACCAAACGUACAUAAUAGCGACCAAAACCAUCUCUAUAAUCAAACGAAACUCUCUACUGAAAGCAGAGUCAAUUGUACGAUUCCAACUAUAUCCUCAGCAUGUUUUUAUGAAACACUUUCAAAUAGUGAUGACACUAGGUGUUCGCGAAAAGAUGAGUGUAUCCUGCUCCUCCGGUAAAACAAUUUCAAAAGGAUGAUAUUGCAUUACCCACCUACUUCAAUGCCAACUUAGCUCACGAAACUGUCCCACGUGUUUGAUUGUAUUCACGCAAGGGUAGGUCAGUCUAUGAAUCGAUCGCCUUUAGUUUGUUUGGUCUCUUUAUUGAUGUGGCAGUCACCCGAACAUUAAUACCCUCAGGACUUACACGUUUUUGUUCAUAUCAUCGUCUCUUUUCAAGCGUAUGCAAGGAAUACAAGAUGUUAGUUUAUUGGUCGUUUUCCGCCAACAUUUUUUUUUACUGGAAACAUCAUCUGCCAAAUGAAUGCCAAUCAGCUAACAUGCCUUUGUGAAAGGGAGACUACUCGCCUCAAGGGUCCGUUUCAGCAGCGUUCAGGCCAAUCAUGAAAAUACUAUUGUCGAUUUUCAUUUUAUUUUGUUGAAGUUAAUCAUACAUAAUAACGCAUAUCCAUGAUUCUAAUUCAUGGCAAGUGUAUAUCUACUGGAAAUGCACACGCAGAGCUGUAGCCAAUUUUACAAUUAUUCCUUUUCUUUUUUUGUACACGUAUCCAUUUUUCAGGGCACGGCUUGUUAAGCAUCAUGUAAGGAUGUAUUGCAGGACCCGAUAUUGUUUCAUGUAAUCGAAUCGUAUUUGCUUACUUACAUCUGGUUGCUACGAUAUAUUGGUUUCUGUAUCAAUGUAUGUGGGAUCACACUUCAUACUCCAUAAACUCUUAAUAAUAAAUUUAAAUACUUUAAGUAGCCUUUUCGAAGCAUUCAGUUUGCAUGUUAACACUGGUUUGCAAGUUGUGAUCUAUGACAGUCUACUUUCAACAUAAUGUACGCUUUAAUUUUUUUUUAAAUAAAAUACGUAUUUUGCCUCGACUCACGAACAUAAGCUAAUAUUUGAUAGCCAUUUCGAAGCUGGGGAAACAUGAAGACAUGACACUUUUAUGAAUAACAACUUCUGUAUUAUUGUAACGACAUUAACGGUUACGUCUUCAUCAGGUAAAUGAUUAGAUCAUUUUGGCUCAUUCAACAUUGGCAUACUGGAUUCUAUUUGGCUCCACGUGCUGUAAACGGUAUCGUAUCGAAGCACAUUGCAUGCAAGAGUGUGUACUCAAACACAGGAGAAACAAAUAUUUCAUGAAUUUUAAAUCUGAAAACUGAGAUUAAUAACCCUGUUUCACGCCGAACAAUUUAAAACGUAUUCAGCGUAUUCUAACCCAGAGCUCCGAUUGACAUGGAACAUUUUUUCCUCAAAUUCAUACUUUGGUAUAUUUGCGUUUUUGUAGAGUGAGUAGAGUUUUCUGAUAUUGUACUAUGCUUGCUGCCCUUAAAAGUUCCAUUUGUAAAUUAAAUUAUAGCUCUGGUCCAGUAUAUAUAUAUAUUGUUAACUUUUUUCCGUUUUGUUGUUUCUUUUGCCCUAACCGUAUAAGAAAUUCUCGAUGUUUUUCACAGUUGUGAUUCAAUUUCUUUAUUUCCGUACUGAUGGAGGCCACAGGCCUAUGGUACAUUUAUGAGUUGUACAUUCACAGUAGUAGAGUCUAUAACAUAAUAUUAUUUCUGUGUCUCAUUGCAUGAUAAAUGUACAUAGAUACAUUUUGUAAAAGUAAGUACUUAGAGUUGUUUAACAGAGAUGUGAAUUUAAAGAAAUUGGGAUUGACAUGGUAAUAUUCAGGUAUAUACUUAGCCCUGAAUGUUGCAUAAAAUGGGCAUAUAAGAAGAAAGUGGUAUUCAUCUUCAAUGUCAUUUAGGGCGCACAAGUGACAAAUGCGUUCUUCUCUUUUAAUACGCGUGUAACGUCCAGUUUCAAUAAAUAAAUUGUGUGAA